CUUUUGAUUUACAAGAACAGUACAGAACUUUUUUUUCUUCAAGACACCUGUGGACUUAAUGUUUGUCUAAAAGAUCAGACUGACCUAGCAGACUUUUCCAGUCUUGAAGAUAAGAAUCAAGAUACAGAUUCUCAUCAUUUCACCAGUGAUCAAUCCAAAGUCCAGUCAGAUGAUGUUAAAGGUCCACUAAUUGGUGAUCAUGAAACUCAGGAGUCAGAAGGUGGAGAAGUUGAUCUACUCAAACAUCGAGGUGACUGUAAGAAGAAUCCAGGUCAUAGUCAGUUUAUACCUAUUGAUACAUUCAGCUUGAAACAUUUACCUGAAUGUUAUCAAGACACAGAUUUGUAUGAAUACAUCAAAAUUACAGCUGACCUCACAGUUAGAGUAGGUGUGGAAAUGACCAGUCCACACAGACCAAAGUUUUGGCCAAAGACAACUGAACCAUAUCCAUUUUAUAACAUGAGUGAGAGAAGAAACUUGAGGACAGGAAGUGGAAGUGCGUGGCGUGUAUUCAAGAUUCAAGAUGGAGUCAGACAAAAUGGAGGUGAUAGACGUACUGACUACACAAAGUGCUGGUGUAAAAAAUGUGAAGUUUCAGACUCACCCAGCAAUGUGUGGUGGGAGUUUGAUGUGAACACAGCCACACAUGUUGUUUUUGAUGACUGUGAGGCCAACCACACAACCUUAAGAUUGUUUUAUGAUAGAGAUGGAAGUCCAGUGGUCAAUGUUGAUAAGGUCAGUGUUAUAGAUGUAAACAUUGAGCAUGACUGGUGUUGGUUGAAAAGUGUGACAUGCAACAAAUCCUUAGGAAAUAAACUGAUGGAAAUGUGCAAACAUCAUGAAAGUGUCUGGAUGAAAGUCUUGGACAAGUACUUUGACUCUAGAUCUAAACACAAGUUAAACUUUAUAGUGUCACAUCCUCAUGGAUGUUCUAAACAGGUCAGUAUUGGUCAAUGGAAGGACAGACUAGAGGUGGAUGGUAGAUCUAAGUUUACUUAUACAACUUGCACAUGUUCAGGAAGUAGUGGAGCAUAUGUCUACUGUCUGGGUUAUUUUAACUACUUGACUUGGUCUGAUCUUGUCCACAGUGGAAGUUUCAAGUCUGGAUUAAAUUACAGUGGAGUUAGUCUUGUCCAGUGAGUUGUUUCCAUUGUAAGUAUUCAAAAUUCACCAUAAAAAUGUCUUCGAGAACCAUUGACAUUCAAAACAUUAAAUGUCUCUUAAGUCUUGAGAUAAAUACAUUUAUACUUUGUGAUAAAUAUUUAUAAAUUUUGUUUUGGACUUAGAAAAUAAAAAUCUACCUAUUGUCUUA